AUGUGCCUCUUGUUUGGAAGCCCAAAGGGAGAAGAUUUCUCAACUGCCAUCCUGAAGCAGAAACACAGACCAAACAGACUCAUUGUGGAUGAAGCUCUCAAUGAAGACAGCAGCAUUGUCAGCCUAUCACAGAACAAGACAGAGGAGCUGCAGCUCUUCCGGGGGGACACAGUGGUGUUGAGGGGGCGGAAGCGCCGCCAGACAGUGUGCAUAGUCCUGACCGAUGCCACCUGCGGAGAUGAACGGAUCCGUAUGAACCGUGUAACCCGCAACAACCUGCGUGUCCGCCUUGGUGACGUCAUCAGUAUUCAUGCCUGCCCUGAUAUCAAGUAUGGAAAGAGGAUCCAUAUCCUCCCCAUAGAUGACACCAUUGAGGGCCUGACAGGGAACCUCUUUGAGGUUUUCCUCAAGCCAUACUUUCUGGAGGCUUACCGCCCUGUACAUCAAGGUGACGUCUUCCUGGUAAGGGGGAGUAUGCGGGCGGUGGAGUUCAAGGUAGUGGAGACAGAUCCCAGCCCUCACUGUAUCGUUGCCCCUGACACCGUCAUUUACUGUGAGGGAGAGCCAAUCAAAAGAGAGGAUGAAGAGGAGAGUCUUAAUGACAUUGGCUAUGACGACAUCGGAGGUUGUCGAAAGCAGCUUGCCCAGAUUAAAGAGAUGGUGGAGCUUCCUCUCAGACACCCCGGGCUUUUUAAGACGAUAGGAGUUAAGCCCCCCAGAGGUAUCCUGCUAUACGGCCCUGCAGGCACAGGGAAGACCCUGGUUGCGCGAGCCGUAGCCAACGAAACCGGCGCCUUCUUCUUCCUCAUCAAUGGUCCUGAGAUCAUGAGUAAGCUGGCUGGAGAGUCAGAGAGCAACCUGAGAAAGGCCUUUGAGGAAGCAGAGAAAAACGCUCCAGCCAUCAUCUUUAUUGAUGAGCUGGAUGCCAUCGCCCCCAAGAGAGAGAAGACCCAUGGAGAAGUGGAGAGGCGUAUAGUGUCCCAGCUCCUGACCCUGAUGGAUGGCCUGAAGCAAAGAGCUCAUGUGGUUGUCAUGGCAGCAACAAACCGACCUAACAGUGUGGAUACUGCUCUCAGACGCUUUGGCAGGUUUGACCGUGAGAUCGACAUUGGAAUCCCAGAUUCAACUGGCAGACUGGAAAUCCUGCAGAUCCACACCAAAAACAUGAAACUGGCUGAUGAUGUCGACUUGGAGAGGAUCGCCACAGAGACUCACGGCCAUGUGGGCGCUGACCUGGCUGCUCUGUGCUCAGAAGCUGCUCUGCAAGCCAUCCGCAAGAAGAUGAUCCUCAUAGACCUGGAGGACGAUACCAUCGAUGCCGACCUGCUCAACUCACUAGCUGUCACCAUGGACGACUUCCAGUGGGCACUGAGUCAGAGCAACCCAUCAGCUUUGAGAGAAACUGUUGCAGAGGUACCUCAUGUCAACUGGGAGGACAUCGGAGGACUGGACGAUGUCAAGAGAGAACUUCAAGAACUGGUUCAGUACCCAGUUGAGUAUCCAGACAAGUUCCUAAAGUUUGGGAUGACCCCAUCUCGGGGAGUGUUAUUCUAUGGUCCUCCAGGUUGUGGGAAAACUCUUCUGGCUAAAGCCAUUGCCAAUGAGUGCCAGGCUAACUUUGUCUCCAUCAAAGGACCUGAGAUGCUCACCAUGUGGUUUGGAGAAUCAGAGGCCAAUGUCAGAGACGUCUUUGAUAAGGCCAGGCAAGCAGCCCCCUGCAUCUUGUUUUUCGACGAGUUGGACUCAAUUGCCAAAUCCAGAGGGGGCGGUGGCGGGGAUGCAGGUGGCGCAGCUGACAGAGUCAUUAACCAGAUACUCACAGAGAUGGAUGGCAUGUCCGACAAAAAGAAUGUUUUCAUCAUAGGCGCCACGAACAGACCAGACAUCAUAGACGCAGCCAUCCUGAGGCCGGGCCGUUUAGAUCAGCUCAUCUACAUCCCACUCCCAGACAAACGCUCUCGCUCCGCCAUCCUACGCGCCAACCUCCGCAAGUCCCCUAUUGCCCGAGAUGUAGACCUUGAAUACCUGUCUGGUAUCACAGAGGGUUUCUCUGGAGCCGACCUAACAGAGAUCUGCCAGCGGGCUUGUAAGCUGGCCAUCCGUGAGGCCAUCGAGGCCGAGAUCAAAGCUGAACGUCAGAGGCAGAGCAGACCAGGCAUCCCCAUGGAUGAGGACUUCGAUCCAGUCCCAGAGAUCAGGAAGGACCACUUUGAAGAGGCAAUGCGAUUUGCUCGUCGCUCUGUCAGUGACAAUGACAUUCGUAAAUAUGAGAUGUUUGCUCAAACUCUGCAACAGAGCCGAGGCUUUGGGAACUUCAGGUUCCCUUCAGCUACUGGUUCACAGUCUGGGGGUCAAGGAUCAGGUUCUGGGUCAGGGAGGCCAGGCUUGUACAGAGAGGAAGGCGAUGAUGACCUUUAUCAGUGACAAAAACUCAUCAUUUAAU